CUCUUCUGCAAAGAUUCUCUCUUUUUUUUCUUCUCUUUUCCUAUAUGUUUUUAUUCUCUACUAACAUUUUAAUGACUUAUAGCUUCUUCUUCCCUCUUCUUCUUCUUCUUCCCUCUUCCCUCUUCUUCUUCCUCCUCUUCCUCUUCUUUUCUUUGCUUCUCUCUCCGGCCGUCGUUUUCGCUUUACUCACACGUUUCCAAGGAUAUAUAAACACGUGUGGGCCAUUCAAUCCUCCUUCAUGGAUUCUUCUUCCUCUUCCUCUUCUUCUUCUUCUCCUUCUUCUUCCUACGGUGUUGCUCGUGUCAGCCAUAUCUCCAAUCCUUGUAUCUUCGCGGAAGUUGGGUCGUCAUCUUCGUCGACAUAUAGAGAUAAGAGAUGGAAGUUGAUGAAAUGGGUGAGUAAGCUUUUCAAAAGUGGCUCUAAUGGUGGUAGUGGUGCAGCUCGCACUAAUCAUUAUCCUCCUCAGUUUCAAGAGGACGAGAAUAUGGUCUUUCCUCUACCUCCUUCUUCUUUGGAUGAUCGGUCGAGAGGCGGACGGGACAAAGAAGAACUCGACCGUGCAAUUUCACUUUCUCUAGCCGACGACAGGAAGCGCCCACAUGGGUAUGGUUGGUCUACGGAUAACAAUCGAGAUUUUCCAAGGCCUUUUCACGGUGGCUUGAAUCCAUCAUCCUUCAUUCCACCGUAUGAUCCUUCCUAUCAAUGCAGACGAAGACAAAGUAGAAUAUGCGGUGGUUGCAAUCGUGAUAUUGGAAUGGGUAACUAUCUAGGAUGCAUGGGAACAUUCUUUCAUCCUGAAUGCUUCUGUUGCCACUCUUGUGGUUACGCUAUCACUGAGCAUGAGUUCUCUCUGUCAGGAACCAAACCCUAUCAUAAGCUUUGUUUCAAAGAGCUUACUCAUCCCAAAUGCGAAGUUUGUCACCAUUUUAUUCCAACUAAUGAUGCUGGUUUGAUCGAGUAUCGAUGCCAUCCGUUUUGGAACCAAAAGUAUUGCCCGGCUCACGAAUACGAUAAAACCGCUCGUUGUUGUAGCUGUGAACGCUUGGAGUCAUGGGAUGUGAGAUAUUACACGUUAGACGAUGGGAGAAGUUUGUGUUUAGAAUGUAUGGAAACCGCGAUAACCGACACUGGAGAGUGUCAACCGCUUUACCACGCGAUAAGAGACUAUUACGAAGGAAUGUACAUGAAACUUGAUCAACAGAUUCCUAUGCUUCUUGUUCAAAGAGAAGCUCUCAAUGAUGCUAUUGUAGGAGAGAAAAACGGAUACCAUCACAUGCCUGAGACAAGAGGGUUAUGCUUGUCAGAAGAACAAACAGUUACAAGUGUUCUUAGAAGACCGAGACUUGGUGCUCACCGUCUUGUUGGUAUGAGAACUCAGCCUCAAAAGCUAAUACGAAAAUGUGAAGUCACUGCGAUUUUAGUUCUUUACGGCCUCCCAAGGUUACUAACUGGAGCAAUUCUCGCCCAUGAGCUCAUGCACGGAUGGCUAAGGCUCAAAGGGUAUAGGAACCUUAACCCUGAGGUAGAGGAAGGAAUCUGCCAAGUCCUCUCUUACAUGUGGCUUGAGUCUGAGGUUCUCUCAGAUACUUCAUCAAGAAACUUGCCUUCAACAUCAUCCGCGGCCACGCCAUCAUCAUCAUCGUCUUCUAACAAGAAAGGAGGGAAAUCAAACGUGGAGAAGAAACUUGGAGAGUUCUUUAAGCAUCAGAUAGCUCAUGAUGCAUCUCCAGCUUAUGGAGGAGGUUUCAGAGCAGCAAAUGCAGCGGUGUGUAAGUACGGUCUGCGUCCCACACUCGAUCAUAUCCGCUACACUGGAACUUUUCCGUUGUGAUGAUCUUAUCACUAACUUUCCAAAUUUAAUGUUCUGGUGUUUAUCUUGCUAUAUGAUCUUGAUUUGGAUAUUGGAUGGAUCACAAAAGGUUUAUUUUAACUUUGAAUUGAAUCUCAAGAUAGACUUUAUCUCCCCUUAGAUUUUGAAUGGGGAGAUUUGUUGUUUGGAGAUUUUAUAAGAACAAUGAUUGGAUACUAAUAAUAUUUAUAAAAAGUCUUUAUUGCCAAA